GGGGUCGGAACCACGGACGUCACUUUCCAAUAAGCUCCACUUCUUUGCAGAAGCUGUGUAGUUAUUCAGCUUCGUCACUGAAGUAUGGAGCUCUAAAGUCAGCUUUAACUUUUAUUCAAACGAAUGCGCGCAAUUGAAAUUUCUUACAUCCCCACUUUUCCGUCCAGUAUCGCAAGAUGAAGUGCGUCGCAGCAGAUCUGAGAUUUAAAUACGCAAUAUUAUCUCUCUCUCUGACUUUCUCCUUUAUCCAUGGAACUCCGUCAAGAUAUAGUUUGUUUCAAGGUGCUCCUUAUUCUGGGUCGGGACAUAAACACGGGAAUAAAAACUAUUGUGCGUAUGUCGUGCACAAGAACGUGACUUGCGCUGUCCUGGGGGAUAUGGAGACAUUUGUGGAGCGCGAGGUCGCGCCUUGCCCCGCGUAUCAGCCCCACUGCCCUCCGCAAGUGAGGUAUCACAUGCAGUACCGGUCCAUGUACAAGAUUGGCUACAAGAUGGUGACAGAGCUGGAGUGGAGGUGCUGCCCAGGAUACCAGGGCCCAGACUGCAAGGAGCUGAAAGAUGGUGCCCCCAGGCAGGUGCUGUGGGAACCUCAGCCUACUCCACACAGUCCAGGACCAGUGGACCACAAACCGAGGCCUGAGUUACAAGGAACAGCGAUCCCCAACCAGCAGCAGUAUAAUGGUGAGAGAGGGGACACAGUGAACUACCUUGAGGAUGAGGUCCAACGCCUCUCCCAGACGGUCCUCGACAUGCAGGCUGCCAUGACGGGUAUGAGCGAGAACCUCCGGGUGAGCUUCCAGGAGGAUGCCAGCAAGAUGCUCAUGGCUCUCCGGAGUGAGCUACGUAUGCCUAAUGCGGCACUGGCUGGAACCACUGAGACCAUACAGCUGCCUGACCACAUGGCAGGUGUUGAGGCCGAGGGAAUAGAGGAGGUGAGGGCAAAGCUUACUGACGUAACCGAUGCCCUGAGGAACAAGAACAAUGCUCUGGAUGAGCUUCGUGGCACUGUGGAGACGCACGACAGUCAGAUCCGGGUCCUCAUGGAGGCUAACCGGGGAUCCAUGGAUCAUGCUGCCAUCCCAACCCCAGCACCUUCAGCACCAACUGAGGAUUCCCUCCAAACGUAUAUUGACCAAAAGAUCAAGGACCUGAAGGAGGAGCUUAUGGAGGGCAUUGAGAUCAAGAUGGCUGACCUUAAAGGGUCCUGCGAGUACAAGAUGAUGUCGGUACAGGAACAGUGUGAGGAACGUGAGGCUAACUACGUCAGCCUUACUGAGCUCGUGGAAUCCACGGAGGCUGACCUAAGGAAGGAGAUUGAAGAUCUCCGCCUCGAACUUAGUGAGUUCAGGACCAAUGGGCAAGCUGCAGCCACUGAGUGGCCAACAGGUAUGAAGGAUCUCCAGAAGAAGAUGGAGCACAUUGCAGAGGCUCACCACGCCCUCAAUGCUCGGUUGCAUGGUGAGAUAGAUUUACUCUCUAUGCCACAAAUUGAAAAUGCUCUCAGUGCCCGUCUGGAGGACCUGGAGGCUCGGAUCAACAUCAGCGAGAGAAACUCAGAGAUGCACUGCUUUUCCAUAGAGAAGAAGCUGACACAAAUCAUUCAAGAGUGCACAGCAGAACUUCGGGACUUGACGAUCAAAGAUCUUAGGUCAAUGGGAGACCAGUUAAUGACCAUGCAAAUGGGAAUGAAUGACUCUUUCGUCGUUGGGAAUUGCAGUGAGAGAUUUGAAAAUUUAGAGAAUGAAGUGAGCUCCAACAAGCAGCUCAUCCAGCAUCUUGAAAAUAACUUGAAUGUAAUGAGUAAUUCAUGUUCUAUAGAGUGCAAAUCAGAUGUGUAUAACAAAAUCACCCAGGAUCUUAACAUCUUUCGGCUCGAGAUGAUGCAAUCUGAAGUUAGCAGUAAUUCUGAGAAGAUGAGAGAUCUUGAGGACCUAGUUCAGGCACUGCUGGCAAUUAGCAGUCCAAACAGCAGGAAUAUUUCGACCUUGCUGGACAUGGUUGACUCCCUGAAGACUGAUGUAGGGACUUUAAGAGAUGUAGUUUCUGGCUUGGGUGAUUCACUGAAUGAUUACUCAAAUGACCUGCAACACAUUAACUCUACCUGUGGGAAGAUGCAGGCGCAAGAGGCACAGGAGCAGGUGGACAGGGGGUUGUCCCAGGCAGCCAUCAAUGAGACCCAGUUGGAAGAGCUUAGGUACCGGCUGAAGCUACUUGCCAGUCAGGUGGGGGUGGAACUUAGCCAAUGCAAGGACACCGCUGAAGGGAUCCGAAAAGACGUGAUUGGAGUGGACAACCGAGUAUCUGGUAUGGAGGCUGUGUGUGGCAAGCUGGAUGGUGUCAGCAACAGCCUUCAGAGAAUCAAGGAUGGGCUGAACAAGCAUGUGACUGCCCUGUGGACCUGCAUACAUCAGUUCAACAGCACCCUGAGGUUCCAUUCAAGGGAUAUCAUUGGGCUCAAGGGCUCUCUUCAGAACUUCCAAGAACAGCUCUCUACGAUCGCCAAGGAGAUGCAAGACCUUGGGACCAGAGCACUCAUUGGCUCGGUUGAGGUGGACGCGGAGACCUCCAGCCCUGCUCCUGACAUCAAGACCAGCAGGUCACAUGACCCCGCCACUCCCCUUGGCCGCCUCGCACCCCUGACCCCUCCUCCGGACUCUUCAACCCUCCCGGCUGCCCCCCAGCAGCCUGUACUGGAGACAGGCGAGGCGGGGCCCCCAGGCACUAUGCACCGGGCAACCGGCAAACUCCCCCAGAGUGUCGGCAGCAUGACUCCCAUCAUGGGCUUUGCCGGGGCACCAGGUUACCCUCCUCUCGUUUCUGCAUCGAAGCCUCUCUCUCCAGCUGUCCACUUACCACCGCAGACGGCCACUCCUGGAGCGGCUGCCACUCCAGGUACCAGUGUGGGGGCAGGGCCCUUCUCCUUCUCCGCCGGCCUCACCCUAGUCACCCCCCUCAAUAGCACUGGCGUUAUCCGUUUCAACAAGGUGCUAGUUAACGACGGAGGGCACUACGACCCCCUCACAGGGAUCUUCACUGUGCCAGUGGACGGGCGAUACCUGCUGACCGCCGUGCUGACGGCAGUGCAGGGCGAGCGUGUCGAGGCUGUGGUCUCUGUGUCCAGUCGCAGUGUGCAGAGGCUGAACACCAGUGGAUAUGGGCCUGAUGGUGGACAGGGCUGCUUCUGCGGGGGAUCUGCCCCCUUCAGCCUGAUCCUCACCCUGAAGCGUGGGGACAGAGUGGGCCUGACCCUCACCACUGGCAGGCUGGCACCCUCCGAUUCCAGCGUGGUCCUCUCCACCUUCUCUGCCAUCUUCCUCUACCCGCCCCCAGUCAGCAGAUAGCACCCCCACCCCAGCUAGUCACGUGACCUGGGCAACCAAUCACAGAUGGGUAAACAAACACUAUGCAAUUUUAUUACUUGGAGACGUAAUAUAUUUGCUCUUAAGCUAUAUUUGAAAAGUCUGCUCUAGUUUUUAAUUACCAAAUAUAAAAAUAUUUUGUUUACAUGAUUCUGUAAGGAUGGGGGACUGUAAUCAUCCUCAUUUGGGGACCUACUGUAAUUAAAUGUUAUAGACCUUU